AUGGAUGCACAAUCCUCCUCUCUAUCUAUUGAGAUUGUUGAUAAUCACACUACAUCCAAAUUAUCUAAUUUAUUAUUUCCAAGAAGAGUUUUAAAAAGGCACCAUACUAAUAAUAACUUGAUUAGUUAUGAAUUAGAAUUAUAUGACCAAGAGAGUGUUGAAGAGUUGAAAACUAAUAUUGAAAAUGAUGCACAAAAUUACUUUAGUAUUCAACCAUCAAGUACUACUAGCGAAAGAGCAUUUUCUAGAGCUGGAUUUACAAUUACAAAUAAUUGGGCAAAUCUUAAUAAAAAAACUGUAGCAUGCUUAAUACUUAUACACUCAUGGCUUGUUGAAAGCCAAAAAGAAUUUAUCCCACUUAAAGAUCUUCCUGGAAUAACAUAA